CUGGCUGAAGGGGGCUCGCAUUAGCCCCAUAAGAGAGAGAGAUCUUUUUGCCUCUCUCCCCCAUCGUGACUGGGGCCGCACAAGAUUUUCUAACUGUUUCCACAUAUCCAGCCAGCCAGCCAGCCCAGCCAAGCCUAGGCCAAGCGCCCCCCAAACAACAUUUCGUCUCUAAUCCAUUUACCUUUACCUUUUACUCCGUAUCCCCGUCUCUAUCCGUACCUUAUUCUUUCUCCUCGCUCUGGCCCCGUUCUGACUGAUUUCUUGUUCAUCUGAGCUCAACUAGUGCCAAGGUACCCGCGUAUUGCCAACCAAACACACACACGCACACACACGUUCUCACAGGCUCACACAAACAUACCCUCGUCUGCUGUCAUCGUUUGAUUGUCGGUGAGACAGCGACGCUAUUAAAACAUACCUUCGGACUUUGCCCCACUUUGUCAAAGGAAAACAAUCAACGGGAACGGCAGAUAACUACGGGAUAAUCGAACGCUGGAGCUCAUCGCCGUCUCGCAUACUAUUACCACGACAUGCCGCCCCGGAAGGGUAGUCCCAAGGUGAAGACGGGAUGCCGGACAUGCAAGGCUCGAAAGGUCAAGUGCGACGAGACCAAGCCCAAAUGCAUGCGAUGCACAUCGAGCGGCCGGCAGUGCGCCGGCUACGAGCCGACGCUCGAACACGGCCUAUCAUGGUAUCGGCCUCAGCAGCUGACCGCUCACGACCAGCGUGAGGGCAGAGCCUUCCAGUUCUUUUCUCACAUGGUCGGGCCUGUCUUGUCGGGUCCGAUGGACACGUACUUUUGGACGCACCUGGUUGUACAAUUCAGCCACUUUGAGCCCGCCGUGCGUCAUGCCGUCUUGGCCAUCAGCUCCCUGUACGAGGAUUUCCACGACGGCGCCCGCGUCACAAGACAGAAGCCCGGCAAUGACUUUGCGUUGAGUCACUACAGCGCGGCCAUCCAGAGAAUCAAAUCUGCGCAGGACGAGCAGCUGGUGUUGCUGGUGUGUAUCCUCUUCAUCUGCAUCGAGUACCUCCAGGGCGAUGUCGAGGCCGCUCUGCGGCACUGCAAGCACGGCAUCAUGAUUCUCAACCGAGUGGGCUGCUCUUCGUGGGCACAUGACUAUCUUAUGCCGAUAUUUAGGCGAUUGAGCUUUGCCUCCUUCUUCUUGGGCAUAAAACCGUCCGCGGACGCUGCGGUGCCGGGUCUGUUGGGAUUCGAAGUUCCGAUACCAGACAAGAUCGAGAGUUUGGGGGAAGCACAGAGCGCGAUCGACGACUUGAUGAUCCACGCCAUUCGAUUUACGCGGUUAGGCCAGUUCCACGAAAAGCUCACCGAGUUUGACGACUCAUUACCACAGACAGAAUCGGCGGCAAAGGUCGCGAUUUGCAGCAUGUUGAUGAGAUUUGAGAUGGCCAAGAUACAGAUAGAUACGAUUGGUGGCAAGACGGAAACGAGAUUCGACAAGCAUGUCGAGGGUUUCCGCAGAACGAUAGAGCUGGCAAGGCGAGCCUCGUAUCUGAGGAAGACGUAUCCCGACGACCGUCCACACGCCAGCUUCACAUUCGAGAGCGGUUUCCUAUCACCAAUGUCCUUCGUAUCCAACAAAUGUCGAGACCUGAAACUGAGGCUGGAAGCGUUGGAGUUCAUGGUUGAGCUCGCCGCGCCGAAAGAAGGGUUUACGGAUGUUGGCACCUUAUACAGGAUAGGCCGGCGAAGCAUCGAGGUCGAACAUGGGAUAUCGUUGAUCGACGGAACAAUUGAAAAGGAUCCAGGUGCGCUUGCGAAGUUCUCCUUUCCACCUGAGGAGAACAGGAUGUUUGCCGCACCAAUAGAUCACGAGCUUUACGUGAUUAAGAACGAAGACGGAACAACGACGUACCGGAGAAAUGUGUCGUUUUUGAGUAGGAACGCUGAGGGAACGGUCAGCUCCAGACAGGAGUACAUCACGGAUCAGAUAUCGGGAAUGGUAUCGCAAAAUGUACCAUCGGCUUCAUCCCCGGCAUCACCAUUGACGCGUCCUCCGUCGUGA